UCUGCGUUUCUAGGAGCUUCGCGCUGCGGGUGGUUUAAGAUUCUGGGGCUGUAGAGGCCCACUCCAGACUGGUCGUCUGGCAGGAACUUUGACCGUACAGAUGGCUCUGAGUAAAUCAAUGCAUGUAAGAAAUAGAUACAAGGACAAACCUCCUGACUUUGCAUAUCUGGCAUCUAAAUAUCCAGAUUUUAAGCAGCAUGUUCAGGUAAAUCUGAGUGGAAGAGUGAGUCUUAAUUUUAAAGAUCCUGAAGCAGUCAGAGCUCUGACUUGUACUCUCCUGAGGGAAGAUUUUGGACUUUCUAUUGAUAUUCCGUUGGAGAGACUAAUUCCCACAGUUCCCUUGAGACUCAACUAUAUUCAUUGGGUGGAAGAUCUGAUUGGUCAUCAGGAUUCUGACAAAAGUACUCUCCGGAGAGGAAUUGACAUAGGUACUGGGGCAUCCUGCAUCUAUCCUUUACUUGGAACAACCUUAAAUGGCUGGUAUUUCCUUGCAACAGAAGUGGAUGAUAUGUGUUUCAACUAUGCAAAGAAAAAUGUGGAACAGAAUAACUUAUCGGAUCUUAUAAAAGUGGUAAAAGUACCACAGAAGACACUCCUGAUGGAUGCUCUUAAAGAGGAAUCUGAGAUAAUCUAUGACUUUUGCAUGUGCAACCCUCCCUUUUUUGCCAAUCAGUUGGAAGCCAAGGGAGUAAACUCUCGAAAUCCUCGAAGGCCUCCACCUAGUUCUGUAAAUACAGGAGGUAUCACAGAGAUCAUGGCAGAAGGUGGCGAAUUAGAGUUUGUUAAAAGGAUCAUCCAUGACAGUUUACAACUUAAGAAAAGAUUAAGGUGGUAUAGCUGUAUGCUGGGAAAGAAAUGCAGCCUUGCUCCUCUGAAGGAAGAACUUCGCAUCCAAGGAGUUCCUAAAGUCACCUAUACUGAAUUCUGUCAAGGUCGGACAAUGAGAUGGGCUUUAGCUUGGAGUUUUUAUGAUGAUGUAACAGUACCAUCCCCGCCAAGUAAGCGAAGAAAAUUAGAGAAGCCAAGGAAACCCAUUACAUUUGUAGUGUUGGAGUCUGUGAUGAAAGAAUUAUCCCUCAAAGCAUCGUCUUUGGGCUCUGAGACAGUGGAAGGCAUAGUAGUUGUGACGACAUGGAUUGAAAAAAUUCUCACCGAUCUGAAGGUCCAGCAUAAACGAGUUCCCUGUGGAAAGGAGGAAGUUAGCCUUUUCCUAACAGCUAUAGAAAACUCCUGGAUUCAUAUAAGGAGAAAGAAGAGAGAACGAGUGAGACAAUUAAGAGAAGUUCCCCGAGCUCCUGAGGACGUCAUCCAAGCCUUGGAAGAGAAAAAGUCCACCCCGAGAGAGUCUGGCAGUAGCCAGGAUUUGGCCCAAAGCCCCCAGGAGAGUGCCCUGUGUGGGCCCGCUCUAGAGGAAGGCGAGUCUGCCACUGCUGAGGGCCAUGGCCCAAACCAGGAUUCGCCUUCCCAGGAAGAAAACUCAGAACCCAUGGAGGAUGAAAGGAGUGAGAAAAAAGGAGAGAUAGAGUUUUUAGAAAGUUGUAAAAGCUCUAGCAAUGGAGCCCAGGACCAAGAGGCUUCUGAGCAGUUCAGCAACCCAGUGUCUGAAAAAGGGAAUCAUCUCCAAGGAGUGGCUGGACAGUACCUGUUCAAGUGUUUGAUAAACGUUAAGAAGGAGGUAGACGAUGCCCUAGUUGAAAUGCAUUGGGUUGAGGGCCAGAACAGGGAUUUGAUGAACCAGCUUUGUACCUAUAUACGUAACCAAAUUUUCAGGCUUGUUGCUAGUUAACUGCAAACUUCUUGCACAGUUGGGAAAGUUCUGUAAAGCAGCUUGCUUUGGAGUGGCCUGUGGGGUGGCAAGAGGAAUUCCAUCAUUGGCCCAUUGGUCUAUUAUAUGGAUUGUCCUAAAAAACAGAAAUAAAUUAAUCCAUUUUUAAACACACACACACUCAUCCCCCUCUCCCCCCUUUUUUUUAAGUUACAGGGCAUUGUAGUAUGAUAGUUCAGGAGGGAGAAUUGUGGUUAUCAGCACCAACAAAAAGCCAUCAGUAAACUCAUAAGGGAUUUAAACCUGACUCCAACAAAAAGCCAUCAGUAAACUCAUAAGGGAUUUAAACCUGACUCCAAGCUGAUCACGUUAGCUUUAGACUGGUUCUCUGAGGCCAAAAGGAUUAUUUUUGGAGUCUGGUCUGGGUCAGAACUGAACAGAGCAUCACGCUCUCUCUGUCACCCAUGGCUGCGUCUUGAGGAGUGGUGGCUUUCUCACUCCCCAUGUGGAGGCAGUACACCGGGGCACAUAGGCCCUGUGCCUUCUUCUAGAGUCACCUUCAAGACCAAAGACUUUCUCUGGGUACAUAUGACUGAUUACCCCUGUGUCAAUCCUGAGAAAAGAACUGGCCUGAUGGUAGGUGUGGGGGAGUCAAGGGGAGAGCUUAGUAAUGCCAGCAAGAAGGGCUGAUCUGGGGAGCGCCUGGGAACAUCACAUUCCUAACUCAUGUCUGUUUUGAUGUUGCUUAUUUCAGAAACAGAAUUAGGUAAGCAAAACUCCCAGAUGAGGCACAACAGAAUGAAGCCAUACCACUACCUCCAACCUGUUAAAAGUACUGUUUUUUAGCAGUUUCACUGGUGUAUGAUUUUUAUUUAUUUUGACAUUUAAAGUGGAGCUUUGUUUUCUUUUUAAUAUAAGAGUAUUCAGAAUUGAAAACUGUCAAUCCUGUUUGAAUCUUGGGGUUGUGGAAGAUAUUUUCUUGGCUUUGAGUGGUUAAGCGAUUGAUUAUAGAAAUAAGAAAUGGAGCAAGAUAGUUAUGUGCAGUAGGUUGCUUAAGAAAGUCUCAUCUGUUGGCAGAUAAGUUGUAGCUGAUCAAAUACUGCUUUUUGUGGGUUUCCUUGUAAUCCCCUCUGUGCUUACCUGAUAGCAUUGGAGAAUUCUGAGGCCAGGUAACCAUGUUCUUAAAACAUGUUUCUAAUUGGAAUGUCAGGGCUCAGCAGGAAUGCCUCUGGAAAAGGAGUCUCUUUUUUUGUUCUCUUGGUGUCUCAGUUUCCCUCUACUUGACUUCCCUAGCUUGAUUUUACACCAGUAGCUGACGGUUCUAUUUAGACGGGAGUUUUGGAGUGUGGUGCCCGAGCUCCUUAACCAUCUGCAAAGGAGACUGGGGCUGAGUAGUUAAGCCACGCUUUUGAAAGUUGGCUGUCGUUUAGGGCAGAAAACUGAUGACCUUGGCAGAUAUUUUGGCAGCAGCUAGACCAGGGCCUCAGCAAAGAUACAGGAAAUGAAAAUAGGACCAUAUUAUACCUCCCUGUGGCAUUGGAGACAGAGCUGCAGAAGAGGACCUAUUAACCAGUGUUCUUAAUCUGGUCCAUGGACUUAUAGAGAAUCUAUAAACUUCCUGGAUUAUUUCCAAAACCUCUGUGAGCAUAUGUGCAUUUUUUUCCUGGAGAGAAGGGUCCCUGACUUAGAGGGCUCAGUAACCCACGGAGGAUUGGGAACCAUGAUUCUAGUCCAGCCUCUCAUUUGACAGGAUGAGGAAACCGAUGCCCAGGGUCACAAAGAGCCAAAAUUCAAUCCAGGGCCUUGGAUUCCUCCCAUCCAAUAAUCUUCUCCUGUGCCUCCCACACCAUCCCGCUGUACUUACCUCUGAUGACACAUUGGAAUCAUCAUAUGCUGGACCCAAACCUAGUUUCCAUCUUGGUAGAAUUUUAAGAUAAUUGAGUUAGGUGGCAACUGUUCAUUCAAUAAAUGGUCAAUAAGUAUUAUUGUUGGCUUGUUUGUUUCAUUUUAAAAGAGUAGCACAUGCUCAUAGAUUUGGGAAAAUGAAAGUAGAAAAUAGCAACAGAAUCACUCCUGUCUCAACCUUCUCAAACACAACCACUGUUGGUACUUUAGUGUUUCCUUCUAGUCCCUCUUUCUGUAGAUGGGGUAUGUGAGUGUGUGGGUUUAACUUGGGUUGAACUCAUGCUGUGUAUUCAGUUUUAUAUUGUGCUUUUUUUCAUUUAAUGUCUUCUAAGUAUUUUUCUAUAUUAUAACAGUAGCAUAUUUAUUUACACUCCUUGGCUGUUCAAAAUGUAUUUCAGGCACAGUAUUAGGCUUUAUUUAAGUCUAGUACUUAGAGAUUCUGAGAGAAUACUCUGUGUAACUGGAGACAUAAAAGAUGUGUCUUGUGUCUAUAUUGUUUCAGUGGCCCAGGUUUAAGGCUUGGUGUCAUGGAGGAGGUUUUAUAGGUGUGAAGUUAAUGCUCUUAGAAUUUAAGAAGUACAUGAUGAGAGAGCUUCCACACUAGAGCUGUUGAGUGCCUUCUUUGCAUUUGGAUGUCUUCAUUUUCUUCUCUGGAAGAAUAGUUUAUUUCUAUCCAAUGAGAGAACGUUGAAAAUACUUUUAAAAGACAUCUAAAAAUUCCUUUCGUUAUGCAUAUACUUUAUAAUUGUGUGAUAUAUGAUAGCAUACACCUCUGAUAUAGGUUAUUGACCCAUGUAUCAUAAUAUUGAGUGAUAUUUGCCUUAAGUGUGGGGAGGUGAAGUUCAUGUUGAUAGAUUGGUAUGGAAUUAAAUCUUUGUGGUAUUAUCUUAAAUUCUGUUUUGGUCCGUGGCAUUGGCUUCUGAUCUCUUGAUAACUAAAGUGAGAACAGAGGCUGAACUUGUUUUCCAAGGGAGACUAAAGCUGCUUUUGUUCUUUGCAAUCUGCUUUGCUUCCAACAGUUUGGUUCCUUUGCCCUGCAUCCUUGCCCGACUCUUCGCGCACCAGAGCGUUGCUGCAUGUCCUAGCAGGGUUGGCAUCUUGGGUGGAGGUUCAGCUAAUCUUAAGGGUUCAUGUUGAUUACUUACAACUUUAGUGUGUAUUUUUUAAAACAUGAAACAUCUCUUCUCUUGAUGGGAGUCAAAGCUCAUUAUAUGAGCACACCAGCUUUUAAGCUCUGACGAGUAAUAAAACUGCAAGGUGUAGAAAAGAUGCCACAGCCUGUGGAAGAUUGGAGGCCUCUUAAAGGAAGGGAGUAGCCCCUCUCUCUUCCUGAAACCUCAGCAUUUUCCUCCCUAGCCACACGGGGGCAUCUUUAGCUCUUUUAUCAGGUGCCUUAAUGUCACUGUGGGAAUGGAUAAAAUUGUGUCCUUGAUAUUUUCUUGGAGUAUCCAGUUGCUACUCAGUUAAAUAUUUUUAUGUAAACAAGUACAUUUUCACAUAGAUAAAAUUUGAAAAAUAAGAGUAGAAAGAAGAAAAAAUGUACCACCCUGUGGUCUUUUUAUCUGGGCAUAAUCUUUUUAUGUUUCUUGAUGGUCCCAAUUGACUAUUUUUUCUUUUCUUUUCAUCUGUCCUGCUACUCUAGAAUAUAUCCAGGUUGGGUCAUCUCUUUGGAUCAACUUUUUAUUGAUAUCUAGUUAAUGGUGGUACUGAAGGAUAUGUUUAGUGAUCUUAAAUAGUCACUUUUCAAAAGCUGUGUAUUCCAGGAAGAGUAAUAUAGACAGCUCUAAGAAGCUGUUUUCAAUAUUCUUUUGUCUUUUAAUUCUUGUUUUGGUUUAUCUGGUGGGCUGACUAGAAUGCAUGUAAUGUGUUGUUUGUAUUAAAAGUGGGCACAGUUGGUUCUGUAUUGUGUAUAUUAUAUAGGUUAGUGGGCCUUCUUUCUCACAAGGGGUGUUUCUGUGUAGAAAAUGUAUAUUACUAACCCUGGGAUCUGUGUGGGCUCAAGGAGACGUUCUAUCUAUCCUUAUUUUUAUGGCGCAGGAUCAGAUGUUAUGAGUGGCCACUCAACAGAUCUGCGCAUUAGCAGGAUGCAAGUCCAGUUUGGAAAACUAAGGCGCCCUCUGGGAGAAGGAAAGUCUCAAAGGUACAGGAGUUUUACAGCCAUCCAAGUGGUGCCCCUAGGAAAGGGACAUGACCACGUCUUUUUUAGGGAAGUAGGAGCUCGGGAGAUUUGGUUUGCUAAAUGGCGCUAACCCCAGUGAAACCGAGAAGAGGCUUACUAGUGAGAAUGGACUGGCUUCUGCCUCCUGGAGCAGGACAUUGAUCUUGAACCUUUCUAAUGCUCCCAAGCACAAACCUCUUGGUGCUGGUGCCAGCAUAGUAUUAGAAUACCCUGCAUGGGGCUCACCCCACUAGCAGCAGGACCUCACACACAUACCAGAGAGUUCCUGCUCUGCUCUGUGGAGACAUUCAGAUCCUCUGCUGUGACUCACCCAAAUGACUAAAACAGCGGUUUAUUUUUUUAAUUGCUGGUUGGAACAGCUAAUGCUCCCUUUUGGAGGCUGUGCUUUUACUCUGGGGAACUGUGUUGUGACUGAGUGAAGGCUUUGGCAGAAUUGGCUUCUAUAUGAUGUUCUCAAGAGGGCAAAGGAUGUAUAAAUCCCAGAUGCUUUUCCAGCCACCUUAGGGGAAUGAAAAACAGAAGAGAGCACGGACCUCACGGUUCAUCAGGCCUGGGUUUACGUUCCAGCUCCCCUUACAGGGUCAGUCAGUUUCACUAGGCCUUGGCUUCCUCAUGCGAAAGAUGAGGAGUUCUUGCUUCCGAGUUGUAGUUAAGUGAGAGAAGGACUGAAACUCCUGGGAGGGUGCAUAAACAAAGAGGAGGCUUCUCAACUUGCUCAUCUCUUCUUCUUCUUUGAGUUUUCAAUUUCUGGUCAGAAAAUCUCCUACCAAUAGACUCAAGUGAAAAAGCUGAGAUCUUGAGUGUUUAACUGUAGGCGUAGAGUACCGCUUUUUGACCAAAAGCAAAAUUCAAGCUUCCCUGUACUGGAGGGACAAACAGGGACCCAAUAUUGAUUGGCCAUCUUUUACAUAAGUUGUCUCAUUUAGUAAUCCUGCCAAGUAGUGCGGUGUCCCUAUGUGAUAGCUUAAAGAAGUGGAAGCUCAGAGAGCGUAAGUGACUUGCCCUAAGGUUAUUCACAGAGCUAAGUCAGAGUGGGGUUUGAACUCAGGUCCAAGUCUGGGAUCUUGUACCAGAUCUCAAGAUCUGAAAGGAGCACUGCACUUGGGAUGGAAAUGGACCUCCAGGAUCAUUUGACCCACUUCUAGGGAAGGAGACUUCAAGUAUAUGACACAGGGAAGAGAGAAGAAGCAUGUGUCUUUUAACCCGACUUCACCAUUUAGCACUUUAAGGUAAUAUUAUUUUCUAGCUUAUGAUCAAUGAGCUUAUAAUUAGUUAUUAAUUUAUGCUACCAAAUCUUCAUAGAACUUUGUAUUUGGCAGUAGCAUAGAUAAUUAAGUAGUCAGUGAAACUGCAAAAUAAAAUGUCUAGUGCAAGCACAUGUUGGAUGAGAAUCAAUGUAAAAUAACUGAUAAUUAGGUAAUGACUGACAAUACGUAAUUGUAUAAUAAUGGAAGAAGGGUUUUAUUUUUUAAUAUUUUAACAGGCAGCUCCAAAUAUUUCACUUACAGAACACAAAACUGAUGUGCUUUUUGAUCCUGCUGGAGAAGGUAGCAAUUGUCAGAAAAACAGCAAGUCGUCUUCCCUAGGUAGGGUGAAUGAACUCAUGUCAAUCCGGAGAAAAGAGAAGGCUGCCUGCCAUCUGGUGGACCCAUUCAGGGAGUGUGGCCCGAGAGUCUAGACACUAGAGCCAGGGAAUUCCUGGCUGGGGGACUUGGCCUGCUCAGCAGCCAGUCAGCCCCCAGGGAAAUGGCAGCUUGUGCUACUGCUGUCCAAAAAGAGAGGGCUUUCGGGGAGCAGUGCUGAGCUGGACCCCCUCCUGCGGCAGUGGCUGAGGCAGGGGCCUGCUCCCAUAGAUUUGCGAUUCCAGAGACUUGUUGUCUCUUGCUGGGAAGGGGGGAUUCCCAGUCUGGUCUGACAUAGGAUCCUUCAUUCAGAUAUGUUUGUCUCCGGAUUCCUGCCUUCAAGGCCAAAUGUGAGGCUUUAUGGAUCAGACUCUGGCCUGUGUUUCACUGAACUUUAGAUGAGCGCUAAUAAGGGCUUUUUCAUUCACAAAGGGAAGCAUUUCGUCAUCUUCUGUACCAGGGGCUAGGCGAGAAGGAACAGAGCUCAUACUCUGACUGAAAGGGUGAGCUUUUAUUUAAUUCCAGCUGGUUAUUGCCAUACAGAAAUAGGUGCCCACUGUUGUUGGAUUUUCUGAUUUUUUGAGGGAAGCCAGAAAUCCAGAUUUAUGAGAAACUGACAACUAAUUCAAUAUUUUAUAAAAACCUGGUAGACCAUCAGUUUGUGACCUCUUCUACCACUGGCUGGUAGAACUGUCUAAAUAUUUGCUGCCUCCACUUUCCUAACUCUCAUUUACUUCAGCUCCUGAAGUCUGGUUGCUGCCCACCCUCCUUUUUUCAAGUUUUCUCCUGUCAAAGGGAGAAUCCCAAAGAUUCUGUCCAUGGUCCUUGUUUCCUCUUUCCUCCCACUUCUGGCUGACCUCAUUACUCCCAUGACUUCGCUUACUGCUCACCCAUACAUUCAUCUUGCCCAAAUCUAGACCUUUCCUGAACUUCCAACAUCCACAUACCUAGCCACCUAUUGGACAUCUCUCCUGGGACCGUGGCUGUGUCAAACUCAACUUAUUGUCUACACCUGCUUCUCUCCUAUAUUCUUGAUCACCAUCCCCUCAGCUGUCCAGAUUAGAAAUCUCUCCCAAAUCCAGCCCAGCCUCUCCAUCUGUGGUGCCACUGCCCUACUGCCAUUCCUUAUCUCUCAUCUGUACUGGAAGGGUAGCCUGAACCAUUGCUGAGGAACUUCAGAGCUCAGCAGCAGAAAGAGCAGUUUUAGAUAGGUUUGGGGAGGGGAAACGAUAAAGAAAACUGCUUUGAGGGGUGAAAUGGGAGAGCUUUUAGAAGAUAAACUAGGAUGGAAAGUAGACCCCUAGCAACAGGUCAAGUUAGUUGAGAUCAAGAGAUAUGAGGCUCUUCCUGAUAAAGCACAGGAGAACUUUUUUCCCCUUUAACUAUUUCAUUUUACAAAAGCAAUGCAUUUUCAUUAUAAGAAAUUUAGAAAAUAAUGAAUAAAAAUUUAUAAUUCCACUAAAAUGGAGUUAUUUUACAUUUUAUCUUAGUAUUUUUAUAUGCAUAUAUAUUUUUAAACAGCAAACGUGGGAUCAUAUUGUAUAUUACUGUUUUAUAAUCUUUUUCAUUUAACAGUAUAUUGUGAUAACUUUUCUCUGAUUAUAAAAUUAAUCUAUGUGUCAGAAAACUUGUGAAAAUAAAAAUUACCAGUAAUCACACUGCCCAAAGACAACGGCUGUUAAUAUUUUGGUUUAUUGACAACUCUGCUUUCUUCAAUGCCAUAUUGUGUUGCUUCACUAAACCAAUUGUUCCUUGUUGGAAAUUUAGAUUUUCUGGUUUUCACUGUUGUAAAUAAUGCUUUAGUGAAUAUGUUUGUAUAAAAAUCUUUGUGUUUUCUUAUUGUUUUAGGAUAAAUUUAUAUAAGAAUUACUGAAGCAGAGGAUCUGACUCUUUUAAAGGCUCUUCAUAUAUAUUGCCAGUUUGCUCACAAAACAGGUUGUGCUAGUUUAAGUUUCCACAAGUGCCUGUUUUUACCGCACCUUUGAAAGCACUAGAAGGCUAAUUUUUAAAAAUCCUUUAUCAACUGACAGGAGUAUUUUCAUUGUUUUAAUUUUAUUAUGGUAUUGGCAAGGUCAAGCAUUUUCAUAUAUUUAUGCAUAUUUAUGUUAUAUUAUUUCAUAUAUUUAUUUUAUAAAAUUUAAAUUAUGUUCUAUGUUCAUUUUUCUAUCCAAGUGUUCUUUUUGUUAUUGAAUUGCAAGGGCACA